AAAGGGGGGGAAAAGCGCUUUCAUAGUGACAGGUACGGGAAGGGGCGACGCGCAGCAGGUUCAACCUAGUUACCAACCUCCCUGGAAGCCCGAUCGCGGAUCGCGACUGGGACUUUUCUUAGUUGAUCAUAAGCCGAGUGUGCGGAGCCACUCUCAUAGGUGAGGCGGAAGCGACCUGCUGCCUUUUCGGAAGGAAUUUACCGAGUUUUCGCUUUGCGUCCCCGGGGACAAGUUUUCCAUUUUCUCCGGGCCGGAAGUCUGUAUUCCAUGCAUGUGCUGAACAACUUGGCCAGCUGCCCCCAGCAGACCAUCCAUGACAUAAAGGCAUCUGACCUGAGAUGACCCGAGUCCCACCUGCUUACCUAUGAGGCCGCGAUCCCAGAAGAAAAUGGUGACUGCAUUGCUGGUGCUGGUCCAGCUGCUGGUUCUGUGGAGUACAGUGAUUCUGGGCAACUCCACCAUGGUAAUGGAAACCACCAGCAAGUCCAGUUCGACGACCAACAUCGCAGCCAUCGUCGCGCCCAGCGUGGUCCUGGGCGUGCUGGCCAUCAUCGUCGUAGUGCUGGUGGUCUUCUUCUGCAUAAUCCGCAAGAAGCGGCAGACGGAGGGAACGUACCAUCCCAGCGCCGAGGAGCAGACGGGGACCAGGAGUGUGCAGACGCCCGACGCACUCAAGCUGCCUAAGGAGGAACGGCUCAUCUGAGCCACACCCCACACGUACUGCGUGAUGAUUGGAUACCCAAAUCAGACAAUGUGAUGCCACCGUGCUGGGAAGUCUAGAGGUGCCAGCGUUUAUAAUGAAACCCCCCCCCCCCCCCCCCCCCCAGCAUCCUUGUACCCAAAAUCCUGCUGCCUUAUGAACCUGGACACACGGUUCCAGGAAAUAACUAAGAGCUCUAUGUCGCCGCCCUAUUGGCCAGGAUUCCAACUGCUGAGCCCAGAUGAGGCAGGAGAGCCUGGAGGUAGGAAAAUUAAUGCUGGACAGCACACAGAUCGACACAGGGUUAAACCCAAGUACUUGGUGACGGGGCGCUGAGUCGCUGUGUGUCAGACGGUUUUGUUCGGUUCUGUUGGCCAUGUUCAUCAGAUUAGCCUUCGGCCUUCUUCGACACACAGCUUCAGUAGUAUAUCUUAUAUUCAGAUAAAUACACUACUGCUUUGUAUUCGUGGUUAAUUAAGAAAUAUAUGAUAGGCUAUGCAAGCUUUGUCUCCCAUUCCGAAUCCUUUUUGUUUAUGUGGAUACCAGUUGCUGUUGUCCCAGAAUAGGCCUCUUAACUUGGUUUUCCCAAGACUGCACACUGGUUGCCGUGGACGAUCGGGUAGGUAAUGUUUUACACUGGAAGGUGACGUGCCACCGAACAUUUACGCCAUUAGAUGACGAUCUGUUCAGUACUUGCCCCAACAAGUUAGACGUUGUCGACCUCCACGCUCAAACUACUAUUUGUACUGGUGAGUAUAUAGACAGCAUUCCCGUACAGGUAGCUAUUUAUAUAUUUCUGAAAUGUCCCCUGAUGUGGCACGAUUAGUUCCUUAGGUCACAGUGUGAAGGUUUUAGUUUGGUCUAAUGUCACAAGUUCUGGCGGUGAAAGAAAAACAAAUAGGGUUUGGGUUUGGAAACAAAUGAAGUCAAAAUGAAACUGAAUAAGCCAGUUUACAAUUACUUCGACAAUGAUGUUACAACAUAUUUUGCUGAUUUUUUUUUUUCUAAUAAUGAUCUUUUGUUACACUGGAAUUAUUUUUUGUAUCACUAUAAGUUCAUUGUGCACGUGUCGAGGAACUUCUCGUAAACUUCACCGAAGCCUUGCAUUAACCCGGCCCCCACCCUUUAAAUGCUGGACAGAGUUGAUCGUUACUGGAUGGGAGGUGUUUCAACCUGUUCUGUGAAGGACGGCUUGGUUUUGUCUUACCUGGGGUGAGGAUAGGAUACAAAAAAAAAACAGGGUGCAGAAUGUAUAACAAAACCUUAAAUAAAUGCUGCAAGUGAUGGUCCCA